AUUUGGCGGGUGGUUUGACAAUUUUGACAUUUGACAUAACGUUUUGUUGGUGUUGAUGAUUUUUUAAGGGUUUAACUUCUUUAAUCUUUAUUGAAGGUUUUUAAAGUUUAGGAUAACAUACAUUGUUGAAAAUAUGACUGUAGGAGAAGUAAGCAAGAACUUACCAUGGGUCGAAAAAUAUCGUCCUUCAAAACUAGAAGAAUUGAUAUCUCACGACGAUAUUAUAAAAACAAUAAACCAGUUUAUGAAGGAGAACCAACUACCUCAUCUAUUAUUUUAUGGCCCUCCUGGAACAGGAAAAACAUCGACAAUAUUAGCUUGUGCCAGACAAAUGUACACACCACAACAAUUCAACUCAAUGGUUUUAGAAUUAAAUGCAUCAGAUGAUCGUGGUAUAGGCAUAGUGAGGGGACAAAUUCUAAGCUUUGCAUCAACGAGAACAAUAUUCAAAGCAGGACCGAAACUGAUAAUAUUGGAUGAAGCAGAUGCCAUGACUAACGAUGCACAAAAUGCUCUCAGAAGAAUUAUCGAGAAGUACACAGAGAACGUGCGUUUCUGCAUAAUCUGCAAUUAUUUGGGCAAAAUAAUACCAGCGCUGCAAUCGAGAUGUACUCGGUUCCGCUUCGCGCCAUUACAGCAGAGUCAGAUUGUACCACGAUUGAAAGAAGUUGCUGCAGCUGAAAAUGUGAAGUUAUCUGAAGACGGUGUAAAAGCUUUGCUGGCUCUCUCGGGUGGAGACAUGAGGAAAGUCCUGAACACCUUGCAGAGUACGUGGCUCGCUUACCGUGACGUCACUGAGGACAACGUCUAUACUUGCGUGGGACACCCGCUCCGCUCUGACAUUACAAAAAUAUUCAACUGGCUGCUCACUGAAAAUGAUUUCGCAGUUUGCUUCCAAAAUAUUCAAGAUCUCAAACUAGCAAAGGGAUUGGCUCUCGGCGAUAUUUUGACUGAAGUACACACGAUUAUCCAAAGAGUGAAAUUACCAGCUGAAGUGUUGGUGUCUCUGCUUAUCAAGAUGUCGGAUGCAGAGGCGCGGCUUGCCUCAGGUUGUAGCGAACGAAUCGAGCUCGCUGCACUCAUUGCGGCUUUCCAAAUCGCUAGAGAUCAAGUACAAAUUGGCGAUACCGAAACAUCAUAAUUAAACUCAAAAUCAUGUCAUCAUAUUAUUGUUAUUUAAUGAUACUCCUAUUGUUAAAGUCAUGUUUUACUAUCUAUCUUAGGUAAUAGAGACAUUAUGGGAAUAGAUAAUAAAACAAGAAGCUUUUAAA